GCCUCUGCCAGAGACCCUGGGGCAUGGGGCGGGCCGGGCAGGCAGCCGGGGCGGGCCCUUAGCCGUGCUGCUCAGCCCCCCUCAUCCUCCUGAGCCUGCGCGGACGACAGGCCCAGCUGUGGCUCAGGCCCCUCCUGUGACCAGGCCGGGCCCUGCUUGCCUGGUCCCACGCUCAGGGCUGUCUGUGCUCUUUCCUCUGCAAGCUUGCUGGGGGCGGGCAGGGUGUGGGAGAGCAGGUGAACUGGGGUCCACUGCUUCCGGGGAGGUGCAGGGGAGGGCAUCGGGCACCCUCGUAGGGGCUGCUACCAGCCUCACCCCCACCCCACAGCUGGGAGAGCCUGGACUGGCCUGGCAGGCCAUCAAGGGGCACGUGGCAGCUUUCCCGGGCGCAGUGGGAGGGAGGACAGAGGCUCCGGGCCUGUCGGGAAGCCGACCAGGUGCACUCUGCCUUAAGCAGUGCCCCACCGCCAGGGCAGGGGAGGCCAGUGCCGGGCCCUGGAGAGCCAUCCUCACAGCCUGCCCGCUGCCUUUCCCCGGGUAGCUGCCCCCGGGGUGCCUGGAAAACGAAGCACCUUCGCGGACCCAAGCCCCCUGCAGCACUGAAACCAGGGAUCUGCAUGGCCUCACUGAGCCUAGCCCUGCGUGUGGCAACCACGUGCCCUCGCCAGAGCCCUGCCCGGGGCCUCGGGCUGCGCCUGCUGACCAGCACAGCCGGCCCCACCACUGAGAAGAAUGUGCCGUAUCAGCGGACCCUGAAGGAGACAGAGGGCCCCUCAGCGGUGGCCCGAGGCCCCAGCCAUCCCCUGCCCAGCUCGGCUGAUGUGGUGGUCAUCGGUGGGGGCAGCUUGGGCUGCCAGACCCUGUACCACCUGUCCAAGCUGGGUGUGAGCGGGGCAGUCCUGCUGGAGCGAGAGCGACUGACAUCCGGGACCACCUGGCACACGGCAGGCCUGCUAUGGCAGCUGCGGCCCAGCGACGUGGAGGUGGAGCUGCUGGCCCACACCCGGCGCGUGGUGAGCCAGCAGCUGGAGGAGGAGACCGGGCUGCACACGGGCUGGAUCCAGAACGGGGGGCUCUUCAUCGCGUCCAAUCGGCAGCGCCUGGACGAGUACAAGAGGCUGAUGUCGUUGGGCAAGGCCUACGGUGUGGAGUCCCAUGUGCUGAGCCCAGCAGAGACCAAGGCUCUGUACCCACUGCUGAACGUGGAGGACCUCUACGGGACCCUGUACGUGCCCCACGACGGCACCAUGGACCCUGCCGGCACCUGCACCACCCUCACCCGGGCAGCUACUGCCCGAGGAGCACAGGUCAUUGAGAACUGCCCAGUGACUGGCAUCCAGGUGCGGACCGAUGACUUCGGAGUGCGGCGGGUGGCAGCCGUGGAGACAGAACAUGGCACCAUCCAGACGCCCUGUGUGGUCAACUGUGCAGGUGUGUGGGCGAGCACUGUGGGCCGGAUGGCUGGAGUUCGGGUCCCGCUGGUGGCCAUGCACCACGCCUAUGUGGUCACCGAGCGCAUCGAGGGGAUCCAGAACAUGCCCAACGUCCGCGACCACGAUGCCUCUGUCUACCUCCGACUGCAAGGGGAUGCCUUGUCCGUGGGGGGGUACGAGACCAACCCCAUCUUCUGGGAUGAGGUGUCGGACGAGUUUGCCUUCGGCCUCUUUGACCUGGACUGGGACGUGUUCACACAGCACAUGGAGGGCGCCAUCAACCGUGUCCCUGUGCUGGAGAAGACAGGGGUCAAGUCCACGGUCUGUGGCCCAGAGUCCUUCACCCCAGACCACAAGCCCCUGAUGGGGGAGGCACCUGAGCUCCGGGGCUUCUUCCUGGGCUGCGGCUUCAACAGCGCGGGUAUGAUGCUGGGUGGCGGCUGCGGGCAGGAGCUGGCGCACUGGGUGGUCCACGGGCGCCCGGAGAAGGACAUGCACGCCUACGACAUCAGGCGCUUCCACCACUCGCUCACUGACCACCACCGCUGGGUCCGCGAGCGCAGCCACGAGUCCUACGCCAAGAACUACUCGGUGGUCUUCCCCCACGACGAGCCGCUGGCUGGACGGGGCAUGAGGAGAGAGCCACUGUCAGGUGAACUCCUCGCUCAAGGCUGUGUGUUCCAGGAGCGGCACGGCUGGGAGCGACCGGGAUGGUUCAGCCCCCAGGGGCCAGCGCCGGUCCUCAGCUACGACUACUACGGGGCUUACGGGAACCAGGCGCACCAGGACCACACCUACGCCCGGCUGCUGCAGGAGGAGUACACCUUCGACUUCCCGCCCCACCAGCCGCUGAUCAGGAAGGAGUGUCUGGCCUGCAGAGGGGCUGCUGCUGUGUUCAACAUGUCCUACUUUGGGAAGUUCUACCUGCUGGGGUUGGACGCCAAGAAGGCUGCAGACUGGCUCUUCUCGGCAGACGUCAGCCGGCCCCCAGGCUCGACAGUGUACACCUGCAUGCUGAACCACCGGGGUGGCGUGGAGAGUGACCUGACCGUCAGCCGCCUGGCCCCCGGCACCCAGGCCUCCCCACUCUCCCCAACCUUUGAAGGGGACGGCUACUACCUGGCUGUGGGCGGAGCCGUGGCCCAGCACAACUGGUCCCACAUCAGCACGGUGCUGCAGGACCAGCGGUUCCGGUGCCAGCUGGUCGACAGCUCUGAAGACCUGGGCAUGAUCAGCAUCCAGGGCCCAGCCAGCCGGGCCAUUCUCCAGGAAGUGCUCGACACAGACCUGAGUGGUGAGGCCUUCCCCUUCUCCACCCACAAGCUGACGAGAGCUGCCGGGCACCUGGUCCGGGCCAUGAGGCUGUCCUUCGUGGGGGAGCUGGGCUGGGAGCUGCACAUCCCCCGGGAGGCCUGUGUGCCGGUGUACCGGGCUGUGAUGGCGGCAGGUGCCAAGCACGGCCUUGUCAACGCAGGGUACCGUGCCAUCGACUCCCUGAGCAUCGAGAAAGGCUACCGGCACUGGCAUGCAGACCUGCGGCCCGAUGACAGCCCCCUGGAGGCAGGCUUGGCCUUCACCUGCAAGCUCAAGUCCCCUGUGCCUUUCCUGGGGCGCGAGGCCCUGGAGAAGCAGCGGGCCACGGGCCUACGCCGGCGCCUGGUCUGCUUCACCGUGGAGGAGAAAGUGCCCAUGUUCGGCCUGGAGGCCAUCUGGAGGAACGGCCAGGUGGUGGGCCACACCCGGAGGGCCGAUUUCGGGUUUGCCAUUGACAAGACCAUUGCCUACGGCUACAUCUGCGACCCCAGCGGGAGGCCGGUCUCGCUAGACUUUGUGAAGAGUGGCGACUACGCCCUGGAGAGGAUGGGGGUCACCUACGCUGCCCAGGCCCACCUGAAAUCUCCCUUCGACCCCGACAACAAGAGGGUAAAGGGCAUCUACUGACAGGGCCACAGCCGCUCCGGAGGCCCGAGCCUGCCACCCAAACAGCGCAUGGUCCAAGGCCCCAGUAUUGGGUCCUCUCCCUCCUUGGAUCUGCCUGGUCCUGCUAGAGCUCCCAGACCAGCCGUGGACAGAGAGGCCGAGAUGGCCAGUCCCAAGGUCAUAGACCAAAAAGUGCACUAAGCCUCUAGCCCUCCCCGAGACAAACUUGGAACACCUCGGGCUCUGGGACCAUGCCCUGGGGCCCUCCGUGGGCUCCACGGGCUCUGGACCAUGCCCCGAGGCCUUCCACGGGCUCCUCGAAGGGGCUUAGUAGAUGCUGGGUAAGCCCAGAGUAAACUCAGGAGGCAAACAGG